GCUGCGCAAAUCAUGAGUGUUUGGUAGUGCUUUUUUUGGAGACGCCAUAUGUACUCUCUGGAGCGCACAGCUUCCGUGAGUGCACGCUUCUACAGAAAUGUCUUUUUUAUCCAUACCGAGCCAAGAGGGCCUCUUUACCACGAUCAAAACCGGCAAAUCGGUCGCGGAAGCGGAGGGCAGAUCCCUCGGUGACAACGAGGAGAAUAAUGACGAUGAUGAUGAAGACGAUGACACCGAGAACGUCCGCCUCAUCCCGAGAUGCUCCCCGGUGCCCAGAAAGCGAGGCCACUCCAUCCACGACGAGACCGCUGAGUACAUGCGCAUCCAUUUGGCGCUGUCCGCCGGAAAGAAAGUGUCAUUCGCCGAUACAACAGGUGGGGAUUUGGUGGAUGUGAAGGAAUUUGUAGCCUUGAAUUCGGAUGAUGAGGAGGAUAGCGCGAGGUGGGAGGAAGAGGAAGCAAAGUAUCGACAGCCAGAGCGCGAGCCGACCUAUCAUGUGCAUCCAGAGUUCCACGCGCCCAGCGGCAGUGCCCUGCUGCAGGCUGUGCAAACUAACAAAGUGGAGGUUGAGCAGAUGUCUCCAGCAGAGGAUGAGCCACUUGCCUUCACUGGGCUAAUACGAGUCCUGAACAUCUCCUUCAACAAAGCAGUGUACAUCAGAUCCACCAUGGACAACUGGGCCUCUUACUUUGACCACCCGGCAGAGUAUGUCCAGGGGUCUCAUGAUGGGAGCACUGAUCAGUUCUCCUUCAAGCUGUCUUUUGCACCACCUUACAUCACACACGGCUCUCGCAUAGAGUUUGUUGUCCGCUAUGAAACCUCUGAUGGUGAUUACUGGGCCAAUAACUCCUCUAUGAAUUAUGUGGUCACUCUGCUCCUGUCCUACGAAGAUAAUUCAGCUCAGUCAAACAGCAACACGCAGCAAGUAAGAGGUAUCCUGAAACCUCCGAAAGCUUACAGUAUGCACAAUGAUUUCGAUUCAGAGGAUGAGCAGGAAAAGGACGAAGCAGAAGAAGCAGCGACCUCCAGAUCAGGACUUAUCAAACCCAUAGCUGUCUGCCCAGUCAUCGUACAGCCGGAGAUUGACAUAGAGAUUGCGGUUCACCCAUCUGGUCCCUGUGUCCCACCAAACCAAGAGCUUCCAUCUGUUGAUGGCGCACUGUCCGCUCACACUGUAUCCCCAGGUGAACAAUUCCCAUGUAUGUCUUCCGAAACCACGCUUCAAACUAAUUCGUCCUUUGUACUGUGUGCCAGCGAAUCGGCCGAGCCAAAUAAGUCACAGCCUUUACCCAGACUCCACUGUGAAUUAGACAACCAGACGUCAGAACAGCCAGUAGACAGUAGUCCCCAUGAACUGCUGCCUGCCUCAACUCCCUCUCAACAGCAAGAGUCAAGGCAGAGAUCACAAAGCUCCCAGGCUGACGGAGAGGAAAUCCGUCCCUCAGAGGCCUCAUGCAUGCAUCUUCCUACCCGAGAGAUGAAUCUGUGGCCAACAACAGGAGAGGAGGGAUCGGCCGAGAGCCCAGCCGGCAGUCCUCGUCUUGAACUGCCCGCUGAGUGCAUCUCUGCUCCCACUGUGACUCGGUGCUUUGAGCAAGAGGUUGCAGUGGGAUUGAGUGAACUCGUUGCAGGAUUAUCAGAAGGUUCCACCAGGUCUGCAGCAAAUCAGAAAGGCAGUGCGACUGCGCUUUUGCAGCCUGAGAGUGAGAGAUCAUCUCUGGGAGCAGAAGGUGAAUCUCCACCUGAACUCACAGAGCACCAAAACUCAGCUCUUCAGCCUGCCUCAGCCCGAAAAGAGAACGAAGAUGCUCCCCAGAUUUCCCCUGACACAUUAUUAGAGAAUCUACCCAACAUGUCGUCCGAGCUGCAGACGGAGCAUGACGCAAACAGGAAUCUGAUGCCAUCCGUCAUCUUUCUGAGCGGAGUCGUCUCCCUCUCGAUAGUGUUGCACGAACCUACUGCCCUAUUCUACAUCGGACUGCUUUUGGUCUUGCACCGUUUGUGAUUAUGCUACAAAAGCUUAUUCUGCUCUCAAGUGAAGUGCCUUUUCAUGAUUCCAAAAUAAGCCAACAAGUUAAAAAAAUGAACAACACAUGAAUCUCCUGUUGAAGUUGUGUAUCACCGUGUGAGUUUUUAAAUGAAAGGGUACAAUUUACAAGUGUUUCCAUGCAAAGUCUAAUGCAAGGAGAAAGUAAUUACACAAAUAUGGGCGAUAGCUUCAUGCAGUUUGUCAAACAAGUGUUAAGUAUUAGAAUAGUUAUCAAUUUUUGCCCCAUUUCUACAAAAACAUUGUGAUCGCGCUAAAGCACAGUGUAUUGUUAGAGAUUUUAUAAGUGGUCUGUAAUUACUUUUUUCUUGUCAUGUGGAGAUUGUGUUUGUGGUGUUAUAUUCUGAUUUAUACGAUCAGUCCUAUAAUGCACCUCAUUUUUAACUGUUGUAAACCCAACGGCCAGAAAAAAAAGUUGGUAUUGUAUGUUUCAGCAAAUCACGGAUACAUUACAUUUGCAAGUCAUUAAGCAGAGGAUAUGAAGAUACAUUAGUUCUUCAACAAUGCUGUGGUUAAUGUGUAGUUAGGUUCAGGCACAAAAAAAUGCUUGCUUAUUUAUGAAAAAGAUAAUGUUUUGGGUUGAAGUAUCCAUUUUGAGGGACACAAUUCCUGCUGAAAAAACAACAAUGGCUUGGUAAAAAAAAAAAAAACUAUAUCCCCGCAGGAAAAGAAACAAUGUCUCA